GAGUGCGCGCCUGGCGGACGCCCGUGCCGGCGGCGUCCGCUGGGCCAGCCUCCUCGCGGCGCUGCUCGGCUUCGCCCUGGCACUGCUGCUGAUGUACGGCAUGAAGGCGCUGGACGGCGAGGACGACGGGGAGGGCGAGUCCACGGCAGGCGAGGAGGGAACGGGCGAGAACACCCCGGGGCACGUCUGGGUUGGCCAGGGCAAGUCGAGCAUCAGAGAGGAGGAGAGCGCGAAGCUGCGCAUCGCGUUCGCGCGCCUGCAGGCGCACUCGACCAAGCUCUCCGAGCUGGCGGGGCAGCACGAGGUGGACACCGACGCCGUAGACGAAGAAGUGCACGGCAUCGACUUCCUGGUCGAUUCCACCCGCCGAAUCUGCAGGGGAGCGGACCCAUUCGACACGCACAACAAGGCGCGGCUCCGCCACCACACCGCCGAGCUCAACCGCCACGCGCAGCAGCUGAGGCUCGCGGACCUGUCGCGGCCCGAGGGCGUGGAGGGCCAGCUGCGGGUCAUCGAGGGAGACAUCCGCCACAUCCACUCGCACGCCGAGCGGGCCACGUUCCGGCGCUGGGCCCCCGCUCGCAUAGACCGGGAGGAGGACGCCGAGGACGGCGACGGUGGGGCAGCGGCGGCGUUUCCUCGCGGCCUGGUCGUGGCG